AUGAAGCAGGCUUUCCUUCCCACACUCGCUCUGGCGUGCUUGGCUGCAUCCGAGUAUGUCUGGCCGUCGCCUUACGAUGAGAUCGAGGACUAUCUCUCGCUGCAAGGCGGCUACCUGCGUCGAGGCUUCAUUGAUGGCGUGAUCACCUGUGGCUUCGGCACUAGUGUUCAGGGCCGUCAGAACUCGGCCGAGUGGAUUCGGGCCGCCUUCCACGACAUGGCAACCCACGAUGCCGACGCUGGCACAGGCGGCCUCGACGCUUCCAUCUUCUUCGAGCUGGAUCGACCCGAGAACCCAGGCGGUGCCUUCAACAACACCUUUGCUUUCUUCAGUAGCUUUUACUCUGCCAGAGCAUCGGCCUCCGACCUGCUGGCCAUGAGUGUUGCUGUGGCUAGUUUCUCGUGCGGCGGGAUCAAGAUACCAUUCCGCGCUGGCCGAGUCGAUGCUCAGGAGGCUGGACCUGCAGGCGUUCCUGAGCCCAGCACUGACCUCAAGACUACCCAGGACACAUUCACCAAGGCCGGUUUCUCCACAAGCGAUAUGAUUGCCAUGGUCGCAUGUGGCCACAGCCUGGGUGGCGUACACAGCACAGACUUCCCUGAGAUUGUUGGCGUCGAGGCGGAUCCCAACAACGAUACUGUAGCGCAUUUCGAUACCGAGUUUGACAAUUUCGAUAACGGUGUCGUAACUGAGUAUCUGAACGGAACCACCAAGAACCCAUUGGUGGCCGGAACAAACGACACCCUCAACUCUGACAAGCGUAUCUUCAGCGCGGAUGGCAAUGCGACCAUGACUAAACUAGCUGAUCCUGCCGCCUUUCAGACUAUGUGCGCCGACAUCUUCACCCGUAUGAUUGAUACAGUGCCUGCCAGUGUCAACCUUACCGAGCCCAUUGAAGCGACCGACAUCAAACCCUAUAUCAGCGGCCUCUCUCUAAACGCUGAUGGGAAGCUGGAGUUCAGCGGCCGAAUCCGCGUCCGCACAUCAUCCGGAUCCGGACGGGAUGCUCAGGACCUAGCUGUGCAGCUGACCUACGCUGACCGAAAGGGCAGCAGCAACGGCUCAGCUGUUAUUCCCGCCAAGAUGGCAACCUUCCAAGGCGGAUCUGCCUCGGGUCUGUGGGGCGAGCACUUCCAAUGGUUCGAGUUCAGCACGACUCUCAGCGCCGAUACUGGAAUCAGCAAGUUCUACAUCGACGUCACUAAGCCAUCAACGAAUAAGAAAGUCACAUACGACAAUGCAGGCAACGGGUACCCCAUGAGUGACGCAUUGCUGUAUGAGGAGGGACAGUCCUGUCUCAACACCAACACACAGGUCGACGGCAAGUUUCCCCUCUCGGUUGUGGCCCUCGUUCGCAAGGACCAGGCGCCCGCUUCUGGGGGCCUGACCCUCGACCUCGUGCACAAGGUGGCCCGGCAGGGCGUCAUCGUGCCGCAGCUGGUGACUAAGACCUUCAACUUUGAGCCCACGGGCGAGGACAGGGGCCAAUGGUCGGUCUACAAGGCCACCGCGCAGCUCGAGGUGGACAGCUGGAGCACAAGCUUCGAUAUCAAGCUCGCUGGAGAACAGCCUGCCGAGGUCGCGUUCCAGAAGACGGGCUCAUUGACGGAGAACGUCUGCUCAUAG